UGCAGUAGAGUCUUGACCUGCUGACUUUUCUGUCUCCAAAACAUUUAAUUAAUAAAAACAAAACACAAGAACCUUUCCACACAAAUGGGGACCACGUGGUUUGUAGUUUGGAGUGUUUGGAUCUUCUUGUGUCAGACUGUAGCUGCAGAGGAAUCACCAUGUCAACCUGGAUUUGAGUCAGAGAUGUUAAUAUUAAAAGUGAGCAAAAACGUCCUGAAGCAAGGCACAAGACUUGGCAAAGUUGGCUUUACUGACUGCACGGGCCGCACACAGUUUCUCUUCAGCACAGAUGACAGCCAUUUUGUUGUAGAGACUGAUGGAAUAAUAACUGUAAAGAGACAGGCUGUCCUUCAUGAGGGGAACCAGAACUUCUCGGUCCACGCCUGGAACUCACAAGGUCAGAAAAUGACUCUUCCUGUCAGGCUGCUGUAUCAAGACCAUCACUAUAUGAACAACCGUCUGGAUGCUGAAUUUCAUCAUGAGGCUCAUAAACUCAACACCCAGCUUCAUGAUGACCUGGACUCUGUCAGGAAUCAGCAGAUUCCAGUCCUGGAUUUCACCAAAUCCAGUCCAGGACUGAAGAGGAAGAAGAGAGACUGGAAAGUCCCUCCAUUAAGCGUUCCUGAGAAUUCUAGAGGACCUUAUCCUUUAAUACUUGCUCGGAUCCGCUCUGAUGAGGAUAAGAAGAAGAAGAUCUAUUAUAAGGUCACUGGUCCUGGAGCAGAUCAGCCUCCUGUUGGUCUUUUCACCAUGGACAGAGACACUGGUGAUCUGAAUGUCACACAGGAAUUGGACAGAGAGAAACAGGACAACUACAGGCUCAUAGCCCAUGCUAUGACACAAGAAGGUUCAGAUGCAGAGGAGCCUAAGGAAAUCAUAAUCAUUGUAUUUGACCAGAAUGACAACAAACCUGUUUUCAGUCAGUCCAUCUAUAAGGGAGAAGUUCCAGAAGCCUCAGGAAAAGGUUUGGAGGUGAUUCAGGUUGUUGCCACAGAUGCUGAUCAGCCAAAUACUGACAACUCUGAUAUCCGUUACCAAAUAUUGAGUCAGAUGCCAGACCAGCCCAGUCCCAACAUGUUUAUAAUCCACCCAGUUACUGGAGUCAUCAGAGUUAACGAACCUGGUCUGGACAGAGAAAAAGUCCGUCAAUACACACUGGAAGUACAGGUAGCUGACAUGAGGGGAGAAGGUUUGACUGGAUUUACCAAAGUGAUCAUCAUGGUGACGGACAGCAACGAUCACGCUCCGGUCUUUACAGAACCUUCUUAUAAGGUCACAGUUAAAGAGAAUAAAGUAGACGCUCUAGUUGUUAAGAUGUUGGUGACAGACGGUGACGAGCCUCAUACUGCAGCCUGGAAUGCAAAGUUCAAAAUUAUUGAUGGAGAUCCAGGAAAUCUGUUUACUGUGAAAACAGGAACAAACAAACAAGAAGGAAUCAUCAUUACUGCUAAGGGUCUGGACUUUGAGAGAACCAGUAAGCACACUCUACUGGUUACAGUGGAGAAUGAGGCUCCUUUUGCUGUCCCAUUGGUCACUUCCACUGCUACAGUGGUGGUGACCGUGGUGGAUAUCAAUGAACCUCCCAUCUUUGAACCAGAAGAGAAGCACGUGUCUAAACGUGAGGACCUUGCCGUGAACAGCACUGUAGUGAAGUACACAGCUUCUGAUCCAGAUUCUGGACGCAAACAAAGAGUCACGUAUAAAAUAAUCAACGACCCAGCCGGCUGGCUUAACAUUGAUGAGGAGACUGGUGUGAUAACAGUGAGAAACCAAAUGGACAGAGAAUCCAGCUUUGUUAAGGAGGACAAAUACACAGCCCUGAUUGGUGCAUAUGAUGAUGAUCAGAUCCCAGCUACAGGAACUGGAACUCUGAUCAUCACACUUGUGGAUGUCAACGACAACGCUCCCAUUGUUGAAGAACGUUCUAUUAAAGUGUGCAACAAGAAACCAGCUCCUCAGCUGCUGACUGUAACAGACAAAGAUGGACCAGACUUUACUUCUCCAUACACCGUGAGAUUACCUGACUCUGCUAUGGCCAACUGGAUCGCUAGAAUGAACGACGCCGAAACAGCGAUUAUCCUGACUUUGAACCGUGAACUAGAGAACGGAAAUUACAUUGUAGCCGUGACUGUUUCAGACAUCUCUGGUCUGUCUCAGGUCAGCACAGUCACAGCUACAGUGUGUGACUGCACUGGAGAAGAAGUGACCUGCCAGAAGGAAAAUGUUGGUGGCUCCAACCCGUCAGUCACCCUGGGAAUACUGAAAGGCAUCCUAAUUCUGCUGUUCAUGCUGGGGCUGCCGUUCUUUCUGUUUGUGAGGCGAAGGAGAACAGCAGAGGAACCUGUUGAAUUCAACAAUCUCAACAACAAGUUUGAGGAAGAGAAGAUGGACGACAGAGAGAACAUUCAGGGAGACGGUUCUGAGUCGCAAGAUCCGGAAUAUGACUAUCUGAACGAAGAGGUUCCCCUUUAAGAAACUGCCAGAUAA